AUGCUGGCGGCGGCUGCGGCAGCUUCUGCGGCGUUUGCUCGUUCCAGAAUCGCUCAAGAACGUCGUGCUGCCAAUCGUGAUCGUCGCGAACUACAACAACAAGCCAAACAUCGCAUACGCUUCCUGAACCUGAACUACCCCCAGCACUUGUGCUUCUUCUUCUACAUGUGGUGCUUGCGCGUGGUCCAAGCGGGCAGCGGUGGCAGCGAGGAGGAGACGAAGGCGGAGGAGCGGACGGGAACGCACAGCAGAAAAACAAGAACCCCACGCAAUGAUGUGGAGAAUCGACGUUUUGCUGCAGAAUUGAGGCUCGCAGCAUUGCAGUGUGUUCUCCAGCGCUCUGCCAUCAUGCGCUUAUUGACGGUGUUGGUGCAGGCAAUUGAUAUAGAUGACAACGGCUUCAUCACCCGGGACGAAUUUGAUGAGUGUCUGAAGCAGGAAAAGUUCAUGGCGUUCUUCCGGGCCAUCAAGUUGGACUAUCGCGAUGCACAGCUUCUGUUUGACCUCUUGGAUUCAGACCAGAGUGGAAAGGUCACGGUGGACGAAUUUAUCGAUGGCUGCGCAAAACUGCAGGGUGAAGCAACUGCUUUGGAAACAAAAGUGCUUCACCUGGAGGUACAAAUGGUCAGGCGCCAACUGGAAAAACUUGUCGCAAUAAGUGGUGGAACAGGCAGUUUUUUCUGCACAUCCAGUUUAGCGGUUCCCACCAUCAAAAAUUCCCCGAGUGGCGGGAAUUCUCCAUGA